UUUACUCAAUUAAACAUGAUACAAUACAUUCAUAGUGUCAAAAGGAAAUGCAUUUUCCUUUCAGUGUUAAUGUUCGCAGGACUGCUGUACUUUUAUGUGACAAGUAACCCGAGUCGUGCAUAUUUAAUCAAUUUCAAUAACGAACAAAUAAAAGUUUUAAAAGCUGAGCCACCAAAAGUAAGCACCACUAAAUUUCCUUCUAGUACUACAACAACCAGUAGAAGUAGUAUCACAACGAGCAAAACAGUAUACAACCAAGAAAUCAACAAACGCCUCGAGGAAUGGUGGAAUGAACGCGUGAAACUGAGGUCGAACAUGUCGGAGUUGGGAAGAAUACUAUUCCUUAACGAACCUCCACCAAAACCAUCCGACAAGAACUUUACAAUCCUGAUAUGGAAAUACGGGCCCGCAAUCGCCUAUCGUCACAUCCAACAGUUUACUAACGUUGACCACGAUCCGUUCGAACACUGUUCGACCAAGAACUGCAGAAUAACGUAUAAAGACGAGGAACUUACCACCGCGGAUAUGGUUGUUUUCCAGAUGCAUGAGAUGGAAGGAACGAGGGACCUCCCUAAAAAUAUCCAACAACGCAAUCCUGAUCAAAUAUGGACGUUUUUGACCGACGAGAGUCCGUAUCAUACUUUCUCAAAACGUUUCUCGUACCACCUCAAUUCUUUCGAUGGUGUAUUUAACUGGUCCAUGACCUACAGGAUGGAUGCGGAAAUCCCGGUGCCAUACGGGAGGACGUUUAUAAAGGAGGCAAUCGAAGGCGUGCCUGUUAACGUGACGAAAAGGAGGGACGUACUCGUGGCUGUCAUGGGUUCAAAUUGUGGCGGACAGAACCACCGAUGGGAUUACGUCAAAAAGCUGUCCAAAUUUAUACGCGUCGAUGUUUACGGAGAUUGUGGAAAAGAACUUAAAAAUGGUUGUCCUGGGCAUAUUUCAGCUGACUGUACUAAAUUAAAUGAAUACAUGUUUUAUUUGGCGUUUGAAAAUUCCAACUGUGACGAAUACAUAACGGAAAAAGUAUGGUGGAACUCGCUGAGUAAAUUUACAAUACCGAUUGUUAUGGGUGGUUCAAAAAAAAGUUACGACAGGACUUUGCCCCUUGAUUCGUACAUCACAACUGAGGACUUUAGUACACCUGAAGAUUUAGCUAAAUUUGUAAAACAAUUAAACGUAACUGGAGAAUACGUAAAAUAUCACCAGUGGAGGAAGUACUUCAGAAUAGAAAACGAACAUGCUUAUUUCAAAACCAGGGGAGUGCAUUAUUGUAGGAUUUGUGAAGCUCUAAACUACAACAAACGAGAGAGAAAAACUUACAAUAAAUUGGAUGAUUAUUGGAGUAUUAGACGUGAUUGUCAUGGAUCUAUGGUAAUAAUCUAAAAGUGGAAUGAUUUUAAAGAAGUUUUAUGUAUAUAAUAGCAAGAACUGACCAGAUCAUGUCAAGUUAUUUAUUUUACCCUACAUAUACUAAUCACAUAGUUUUUAUAAUUUAUAUAAAUGAGUUCAGUAAGUCACAUUUCUUAUCACGGGUGGUGUUAGAGACUACCCUCUAAUUUACCCUCAACUGUUUACAUUGAUGACUGAAAAAUAGUCCCAAGUUUUAACUAAUUUUAUAGAACCACUAACGGGAAUAGAGAAU